GCCAACGCUUCCCAAGAGCAAGCGAGCAAGAGGCCAUCUCGGGGGAGCCCGGCGUGGGAUGAACCAGAUCAAACAGAUCCAUGCUUUCACCCUCCGCAAUGGCCUCGACGACAUCCAAGCCCUCGUCCUGAAGCUGCUCCAAGUUCCCAACCUCCCCUACGCCCACGCCCUCCUCCUCUCCCAUCCCCACCCCCCGCCCACUUUCCUCUACAACAAGCUCUUCCAGGCCUACGCCCGCGGCGCCGGGAGCGCGUUCGAGCCCUGCGCUGCACUCUUCGCCCGCAUGCGUCGGCCCCCCAACCCGCACUCCUUCGUCUUCCUCUUCUCCGCCUGCACCGCCUUCGCUCGCCCCGCCCACGGCCGCGCCCUCCACGCCCGCUUUCUCCUCUCCGGCCUCCCUUUCGACGCCUUCGUCGCCACCUCCCUCCUCGACUUCUAUGCCAAGUCCGGCCUCCUCGACUCCGCCCGCCGCCUGUUCGAUGAGUUGCCCUUCCGGGACGUCGCAAUGUGGAACUCCUUGAUCGGCGGGUACACCAGGUGGGGCGAGCUGGACCAGGCCAGGGAGUUGUUCGAGAUGAUGCCCUUUAGAAACGUAAUCUCUUGGACGUCCAUGGUCUCCGGGUAUGCCCAGAAUGGGCGCUAUGAGGAGGCCGUCCGUGCGUUCUCGAGGAUGUGGGAGGAAGCCGAGGUGAAGCCUAACGAGGUCACGCUCGCGAGCGUGCUGCCGGCAUGCGCCCACCUUGGGGCGAUAGGGCUGGGAGAGAAAAUAGAGAACUAUGCACGUGAGAAGGGAUUGAUAGGGAAUGUGUUCGUGUGCAAUGCUUUACUGGAGAUGUAUGGAAAGUGCGGGAACAUUCAUCGUGCAAGGAAGGUAUUCGAUGAAAUGGGUGUUAGAAGAAAUUUGUGCUCUUGGAAUUCGAUGAUAGUGGCAUUGGCAGUGCAUGGGAUGUGGUGUCAAGGCCUUGAGCUUUUCCAUGAAAUGAGGGAAAAAGGAAUCUUGCCCAAUGAUAUUACACUUGUAGGUGUUCUCUUGGCUUGCACUCAUGGAGGACUGGUGGAUGAGGGGCAGUAUAUCUUCAAUUCCAUGGAAAAGGACUUUUUCAUCACCCCUAAACUGGAACAUUAUGGUUGCAUGGUUGAUCUAUUAGGGCGUGCUGGACUAACAAAAGAAGCCUACAGUCUGAUAACAAGUAUGCCAAUGGAGCCAGAUUCAGUGAUAUGGGGUGCUCUGCUUGGUGCUUGCAGUUUUCAUGGUGACGUCCAAUUGGCAGAAGUUGCUGCCGAGUUCCUAUUUAAACUUGAGCCAUGGAACCCAGGAAACCUUGUGAUUCUUUCCAAUAUAUAUGCUUCAUCAGGGAGAUGGAAUUCUGUUGCUAAAAUUUGGAAAAUGAUGAAAGGAAAACUACACAGAAAGUCAGCUGGAUAUAGCAUAAUUGAGUUAGAUGGGUAUAUGCAUAAGUUCCUCGUGGAGGAUAAAUCCCAUCCACAAUUUGAAGAGAUAUAUGUCCUUCUGGACGAGAUUACAAUGAGGAUGAGACACCUUAGUUACAAACCUAAUCUGAAUCUCCAGAUCGAAUGCUAAGGGGAUUUGGAUAUUCAUAAGGUUGUGUUCCAUUCAAGGACAUAAAUGAACAGAAUCCUCCAAAACCGUAAAUGUGUUCCAUUAUCAAAUUUUAGAGCACAAGAAGCUGAAUAGAAGGCUAUGGUCAUGGAGGUCUUGUUGUUUAGUGUUUGACUUAAUGGGUUGAAGAAAAUAAUAGAAGCACCCCAAAUGACUGCAAAGCAACUAUUGAUAAGCAUUUUCAAUCAUUUUAUUGAACCUCCUGAAUAUAAAAAGCAACAACGGUGUUCUGAAUCUCAGAUCAACGGUUGAAACUUUUGACAACUCUGCGGGAUCUCGAGUUAUCAACUUUUUAUAGAAGGCAUGACAGGAUCAUCCAGUUGGAUAUAAACUCAUGUUUGCUCAAGAAAUUGAUUUGGUACCAGUCUUAAUCAAAGAGGGAUGGAAACCUUUUGACGUGUAGCUAUAUGAUAUUAGCAUUUAUCCAAGAAAAGAAAAAUUAUUCUACUAAUGGAGUAGUAUAGAGGUUGAAAUCAGGAAAAAGUUGUCAUGAAUAGUACACGAGACUCUCUAUUAAGAUAUAGAUGAAAAAGUCAGCGAGUUCGACCAAAGCUAAUUAGACUGGCCAACUUCAACAUAUUUAACAAGAGCAGGAAACCAACUGCUACCAGAGAAACCAAUCAUCCAAGGGGGAGGAACAGAAGAGAGUCGUGGAAGAAGGUUAGGCAUAAAAGAUCCAAUGAUAGCACUGAAGCAGAGAAGACAUCACUACUAUAGUGUUCACCAUCUGCUGUUAUUGUUAUGACCUCCUUGUCACCAUCACAGUCACAUUCAUCAACUGCCAUUGCUGUCAUAACUUUGCUAUCACAUUAGCAGAGGAGAGGUUAAGGGGAAAGGUAUGAGGUAACAGCUCCUUCUUGAGGAAAUAUGAUAGCAACAACAUAUAAGAAUUAAACUAAAAUGAGGAGAGGAACUGACUCCUUACAUUUGCAGGCAAAGGUGACAACAUGACAGGGAAGUCAAAGAAUUGUCGCAGUCUCAGUGCAGAUCGCCUCUAGCUUCCACAAGUUGACCAGUCACAAGAAUGAUGGUGAAUCAUGAAAUCGGAGUCCUUCCAUGCUCGAUCGAUCGAACGCGAUGCGGAAUUCUGGGUUUAAUCGAUCUCGCUUGCUUUCAUUUGUGGAUGUCGAUAAGUUUUGCGGCAGCAUGCUUCCAAAGUACCUUGGCACAAAAGACGGCAAAAGAGGCUCCGGAUGACCAAAGAAGCAGUGAGGGGAAUCAUUCGACAUGGUUUUUAUGGACCGACUGACAUAUGUGGAUUAUGGAUGGAUGGUCCCGAGGUGAUCCUUUAUACGAAUAUUUAUUUUGCCCUUGGUAUGUAAUAGAACAUAAAUCUAAAUUAUUGUGUUACCAGAAUAUUGAACCAUCAUUAAGUUCCAAGAUUAACUACGCUUACUUCAA